AUGUCAUAUUUUGAUAAUUAUGAAGGUCGUAUACAAGCUGAAACAAUGGAAAUUACAGUUGCACUUAUUUGUCAACAUUCAUCAAAUAAUUCAAAUUAUAAACGUAUUAAAGAACAAGUUGAACAUUUAAUACAUCGUCAUGAAAUAUUAUUUACUGGUAUGCAUCGUAAACUUGAUUCAUUAUCAAUAAAAAUUAACAAAAAUGAAAAAAAUCGUCAAGAUAUAAUUGAUGAUUUACUUUGUCAUGAUUUAACAAUAAUAUUUAAUCAUUUAAUACAAAAUAAUAAUAUUAGUUGGGGAAAAAUUAUAACUAUAUUAGCAUUUAGUACAUUUAUUGCUAGAAAACAUAAUGAUAUAUCAGAUCGUAUUGCAUAUGUUACUGGACAAUAUAUUGUUAAAGAAUUAACAAGUUGGAUUAAAGAUCAUGGUGGAUGGGAUAGUAUGGCUUUUAUGGAUUCAACUUAUGAUAUUGAUUAUUUAAACAAAAUGUUUUUUUUUUCUUUUACUUGCAUUGCUAUUAAUAUUAUUAAUAUGUCGGAUAAAUUAGCAUUUCAAUUUAAAAUGCAAACAAAAAUGCUUGAAAGACAAGCUAUUUCACAUGAUAAACAAGAAAAAAUUGAACGUGAUAAAGUUAAAAAAGCAUUAAUGAAAGGAAAUAUUGAAGCAGCAAAAAUUCAUGCAGAAAAUGCUAUACGACAUCAUAGUGAAUCAUUAAAUUGUAAACGAAUGGCAGCUCGUGUUGAUGGUGUACAAGCACGUGUAGCUAAUUCAGCUGCACAACGACAAAUGGCAGCAAGUCUUAAACAAACAGUUUCAUUAAUGUCAAAAGUUACCGCAAAUAUGCCAUUAACUGAAACAUCAAAAUUAAUGGAUAGUUUAGAAAGAAAUUUUGAAGAUCUUGAAGUUAAAACAAAAGUUAUGGAUGAUGCUAUGCAAAAUGCAACAUCAGUACAACAACCAGUUGAUCAAGUUGCUAAACUUAUGCAAGAAAUGGCUGAUGAAGCAGGUAUUGAAGUUAAUAUUAAUAUUCCAAGUGCACCAUCAACAGUUGCAACUGGUGUUAAGACUGAACAAGACGAACUUACUCAACGAUUAGCAAAAUUGCGUGAAUCAUAA